AUGGCUCGGCUUUUUAAUCAUGUUUGCUUGUUAACAUUCUUGGUCAUUGUUCUUUGUUCGUCUUUCGCUAAAGGAGCAAAGACUCUAGGUGUUUCUUAUGAUGGAAGGUCUUUGAUCAUCAAUGGAAGAAGAGAGCUCAUUUUCUCUGGCUCAAUUCACUACCCUCGUAGCACUCCCGACGUAUGGCCUGAGCUCAUUGCAAGAGCUAAGAGAGGCGGCCUCAACACAAUCGAUACUUAUGUGUUUUGGAAUGUCCAUGAGCCUGCUCAAGGGAAGUAUAAUUUUGAAGGGAGGUAUGAUUUAGUGAAGUUUCUCAAGUUGAUCCAGAGACACAAAAUGUUUGUCAUUCUUAGGCUUGGUCCCUUCAUUCAGGCAGAGUGGAAUUAUGGGGGUUUUCCUUAUUGGCUAAGGGAGAUAAACAACAUAACAUUCCGAUCCGAUAAUCCACCUUUCAAGAAUCAAAUGAAGAAGUUCACAAAUCAUAUUGUGGAGAUGAUGAAGGAUGAGAAACUAUUUGCUCCUCAGGGAGGUCCAAUCAUUCUAUCACAGAUUGAAAAUGAGUAUAGCAUGGUUCAAGCAGCAUUCAAAGAAAGCGGAACAAAGUACAUCGAGUGGGCAGCGAAGAUGGCGAUCGGGCUCAAGACCGGUGUUCCAUGGAUCAUGUGCAAGCAAACAAAUGCUCCUCAAGAAGUGAUUUCUGCAUGUAAUGGUAGGAACUGUGGUGAUACCUUCAAAGGUCCCGGAAGUCCAAAGAAGCCGACUUUAUGGACCGAAAAUUGGACAGCUCAGUAUAGAGUAUUCGGAGAUCCACCAUCUCAAAGAUCAGCUGAAGAUCUUGCGUACUCUGUUGCACGAUUCUUUUCUAAGAGUGGAGGCACACUUAUUAACUAUUACAUGUAUCAUGGUGGCACUAACUUGGGGAGGGGUAGUGCUGAUUUUGUUACAACCCGCUACUAUGAUGAAGCCCCACUUGAUGAAUAUGGGCUACAAAAGGAACCGAAAUGGGGGCAUUUGAAGGACUUGCAUCAUGCAUUGGCAUUGUCUAGAAAGGCUUUACUUUGGGGAGUUCCAUCAAAACAAAAACUCGGUCAAGAUGUCGAGGCAUGGGUCUAUGAGCUACCUAAACAUAAUGUGUGUGCCGCUUUCCUUACAAAUAACCAUUCAAGGUUUGAUAAAUCGAUAAAUUUCCGAGGAGUGGAUUAUUUUCUACCACACCGGUCAAUUAGUAUACUUCCUGAUUGCAAGACUGUUGUUUUCAACACUCAAAAGGUGAAUGCGCAACACAAUGCAAGAACAUACCAUCCAUCAAAUGAGGCAAACAAGGAUAACUCAUGGAAAAUGUAUCAUGAACGUAUUCCCUCAUUCCGUAGAACUUCAUUAAAAUCAAUGACACCAUUAGAGCUCAUGGAUCUCACUAAAGACACCACAGAUUAUGCUUGGUACAUCACAAAGUUCCACUUAGAAGAAGAGGACUUGCCAAUUCGUCGUGAUAUCAAACCAGUGAUACAAAUCUCAAAUCUUGGCCAUGCAAUGCAUGUCUUUGUCAAUGGAAAAUACAUCGGAAUGGGUCAUGGAAACAAAGUCGAGAAGGCAUUCGUAUUUCAAAGGCCAGUAAAACUCAGACAAGGAGCUAACCAUAUUGCAAUUCUUGGGAUGAUUGUUGGAUUACCAGAUAAUGGACCAUAUCUAGAGAGGAGAAUGCUUGGGUUGCAUGUAGUUACUAUCCAAGGUCUCAACACAGGAACUUUGGAUUUAACUGCCAACACUUGGGCCCAUAAGGUUGGAAUGGAUGGAGAAUUGAAGAACAUCUUUGAUCCAAGGAAGACAGAUAAUGUAAAGUGGACUAGGGCCUCCAAAGGCUCCCAAGUGACAUGGUAUAAGAGAACCUUUGAUGCUCCUCAUGGUGAUGAUCCAGUUAUUGUUGAUAUGAGUUCUAUGGGGAAAGGAUGGAUAUGGAUCAAUGGUGAGAGCAUUGGUCGGUAUUGGACAUCUUAUGAAUCAGUUCUUGGAACUCCUACUCAAUCAGAGUAUCAUAUUCCAAGGUCUUUCUUGAAACCAAAGGACAACCUUAUUGUCAUUUUUGAAGAACAUUGGGGGAACCCUAAUAAAGUUCAGAUUAAAACUGUAAGUAGAGACAAUAUUUGCACCAGUGUCUCUGAGUUCCAUCCAGCACAAGUGAAAUCAUGGACAAGGGAAAAUAGUCAUAUUCGUACCGUCUCUGAUGAUUUGAAGCCAACUGCUCACUUGAAGUGUAGCAAGGGUAAAGUGAUCAAAACUAUUGCAUUUGCUAGUUAUGGAAAUCCUCAAGGAGCUUGCGGCAACUUCACUGUAGGGACUUGCCACUCAAAACAAGCCAAGAUUAUCGCUGAGAAGGUUUGUUUGGGAAAGCCAUCUUGUACUCUACCAAUUUCAAAUGAAGCCUAUCAAGCGGAUCCUAGAUGUCCAGGAACCACAAGAACACUGGCAGUUCAAGCUAAAUGUUCACGCCAUGCAGCAUAAGA